AUGCAAAUCCCUCUAAAAGUAGCAGUUUUAUUUCAAGUGUGCAAUCUAAUAAAAAAACAAGCCAUUUUGAGUGUGCUUAACUUCAAUGAAGGAAAACUUCCUAUUGCUUAUUUGGAAGUUCCUCUUAUCACUAGAAAGCAUAUUUUUGGAGAUUGUAAAUCUCUUUUGGACAAAAUCCUUGCCCGCAUUAAAUCUUGGAGAAGCCAUUUUCUUUCUUAUAUUGAGAUUGAAGCCACCCUUCGAGCCAUCUUUUGGGAUGGAACAGACUUGAAGAAAACAAAGGCAAAGGUGGCUUGGGACGAGGUUUGUGUGUCGAAAGAUGAAGAGGGUUUGGGCAUUAUGCGUAUUGGGGAUUGGAAUAAGGCUGCCAUGAUGAGGCACCUUUGGAACAUCACCCAAAUGCAAAGCAACUCAGGGUGGAUAGCAUGGGUUAAAUCUUAUCUACUUAGGGAAAAUUGGCAUCCUAAAGGUCCUUUGUUGGACACUUAUGGUGAUAGAAUUGUGAAUGAUUCAAGUUUGAGCCUGCAUGCAAAGGUUAAAGAGAUAAUUGGGAAUAGGGGAUGGAAAUGGCCCUCUGCUAAUUCUUGGGAGCUUAUGGAAAUGAAGGCCUUGGUUAACUUUGUCCCUAAUGAUAAUGAGGAUAAAGUAGUUUGGAUCCCUAACCCUUUGAAAGCUUUCUCUAUAUGGGAGAGAGAAAUGAAAGAAGAUUCAAAAGGAAUUACUGAGAUGCCUCAACUAUCGAAGAUUACGUGA